AUGGGUCAAUUUGGCCAACUAGUAUGGAGAGGUUUCCCAUGUGCUCUGACAAUUGGUUCUCUCAUCUGCCUUGUCGUUGUUGGCAUCGGCUGCACUCGAGCUCACAAGGCAGAGGAUUUCUACUUUUUGCGUAUUGAACUGCAAAAUCUCACGGCAACCCCCCGGUCCAUGAUCGACACCACCCUUAAGCAUUUUGAUAUCACCCAUUCAGACAAGUUCAUCCAAGCCCUCGACGAGGUCAACAGCACAACCACGUUGAAUGAUUUCUUUUCGAUUGGACUUUGGAGCUACUGUACCGGCAACAUAACAGACAAUGGAACGUACAACACCACCUACUGCUCCAGACCUCGAGGCGGAUUCUGGUUCAACCCAAUCGACACCUGGGGCCUCAAUGGCACCAACACCAACGAUUUUCUCCCUGGCAAACUCAAAAAGUCGCUAGACAUGUAUCGCAAUGCGUCGCUGUGGAUGGCCAUCAUCUAUCUAAUUGCUGUGAUAGCCACCGUCUUGGAGAUCAUGACCGGUCUCAUCGCCGUUGGAGGCAAUCGCCUGGGCAGCUGCUUCGCAUGGCUCCUCGCCGGGGUCUCUCUCCUCUUCACCACGGCCAUGGCUAUCGCUUCCACUGCCAUCUUCGCCACCCUCGUCACCACAAUCCGUAUAGUAUUGAAACCGUACGGCAUCACUGGACACAUGGGUCGACAUAUGUACGCCGCCACGUGGCUCGCGGUGGUGCUAUCAUUGCUGACCAGUGCGUUGUGGUUGCUGGACUGUUGCUGUUGUUCCAGGCAUCGCACCACACCUCGGCCGAUUACGGCAGAUCACCAGCAGUCGUACCGCUAUCGCUCAGUACCAUUGAAGGGUGUGACUGCUCCGCAGGAUACCUCCUAUCCACCUCCCAUGGUCCUUGCGUCGCCGCCCAGCUUGCAGGGAUCAUAUCAGUAUCCCAUGCAUCAGAUUCCCACUCCGAGUUCACCGGUAGGCGCAUACGAGCCAUACAAGCAUGUCUGA